GAAGUGAAAUGAUUGGCAGUACUAAUUUAAUGUUUUUAUUUUUAUUUUCCAUAUAGUGGAGAAGGGAAAAGUUUGAUAUUAGCUGCAACACUGUAACAGAAAAAACAAAACAUGGCAUCCAAAGCCUUAAAACUAGGACCUGCAUUAAAAGAAAUCCGAAUUCAUUUGUGUCAAAAAUCGAAAGAAAGUUUAGGGACAAGAGAAUUUAUUCAAAAACAUUAUGUUCCAAUCAAGAAAAGCAAUCCUAAAUUUCCCAUUUUAGUUCGAGAAUGUAAUGGUGUUGAACCUAAGGUUUUUGCUAGAUAUGAAUUUGGGAAAGAAUCAAGUGUGUCUGUAAAUAAUUUAAAUGCCGAAAAAGUGUUAGAGGUUGUAAAAGAAUUGGCAAAAGGUCCUGCAAAGUAGUUUUUUUAAAAAAAAGUUUAUCAAAUGUUUUGAUUAUAGAGAGUUGUUAAAUACAUGUAAAAUACCAUUGUUUGUAUAAGAUGAAUAUAAAAUAAAGUACCUAGUAAAGACAA